GUCAUAUAAUUUGCAAUAGCAUCAAUCUUUACAUUUUUCACCUGUUUGACAGUCCGCGCAGUGCUUGUUGUGUCGCGCCAUGCGGUAAUUUAGAUCCUUACUAUCCCACGCAUUUCAACGAGUGGUUCAGCAUGUUGAAGGUUGAUUAUGGAGCCCUGGGGCAAGGCCCUGCUUGGCGCAGUCGGCAAGCAGGGCUCCAGGUGCACCGCGCCUUCCCCGCUGGCCGCUGUCGGCGCGCACCCUUGCGCCUCGUCCCCGCGGCCGCCGCCGCCGCCAGCUCGCCCGACGCCGACGGCUCCCUGGCCACCCUGACCGGCCUCAGCGGCGGGGCCGCUGCGCCGCUGUCCUACCGCGCCAUCACCACAGACCCUGUGUUCCGCCCCGCCACGGCCGGCUGCCAGCAGUACGCGCCCGGGCCGCCACAGCUGCUGGGGCGGCGGCUGACGCUGAACCCGCUGCAUGGGCUGGCCGCGGCGGCGGAGUCGCAGCUGGGGGGCUUGGACCGGGCUAUGGCGGCGGCGCUGGACGGCCGGCCAAUGCUGCAGGCGGCGGCGGCGGCGGCCCUGGCCGCGCUGACGGCGCUGGGCCUGCACCCGCUCUCGCUGCUGCGCCGGGGCCUGCCUGAGGCCGUAGCCGACUACCUGGAGCAGCAGGUCGGCGCCUGGCUGCUGCCGGUGGCGGCGGCGGCGGCGCUGGCGGCGGGACUGGCGGCGGCGGCGUGGCAGGUGCGCACCUGGACCGCGGUGCAGCUGGCGCUCGCAGGCGGCGGCUUUGGCCGCGCCGUGUCAGAGGCGGAGGCGGCGCGCGCCGCAGCCAAGGGGCAGGCGGCCGCGGCGGCGGCGGCGGAGGCUCAGGAGCAGGGCGCGGCGGCGUCGGAGCAAGGCGGUGCGUUCAGCCGCUGGCUGCCGGCGGCGCUGCGGCCCUUGUUUGAGUCGGACUGGAAGCCCACGGACCGCACCUGGCUCUACCUGAUCAUGGCGGCGCGACUGGCGGCCCUGCUGCUGGCGGCGAGCAGCCUGCUCAGCGGCGCUUCCGUCGCCGCCGCCGCCUUUACCGCGCUGUGCUUCGGCGCGUCGCUGCUGCCGGCCGCGCUGCCUCAGCUCCGGGCGCUGCUGCCGCCGUCCGGCACCGCCGCCGGCCUGGCGGCGCCGCUGCUGGCGGCUGACGCCGCCUUCCUGGUGGCGCUGGCGCCGGCGGCGCCGCUGGCGGCGCGCGCCGCCGCCGGCGUCGUGCUGGCGGCGGGACUUGGUCUGGCCGCGACGGCGGCGGCGGCGUCAGGCCGCCUGGCGGCGGCGCGUGCCGCCGACGGCGACGUUGCCACCUUCCACGUGGUGCUGCGACUGCCGCUGAGCGGCACGCUCGUCGACACCACCGUCGGCCACCUGCCGCUCACCUCGCGAGUGGGCGCCGCGGCCGUAGAGGCGGAACUGGAGGCGGCGGCCGCCGCCACGGCGACGGCCGCCGCCGCCGCCGCCGCCACCGACCCGCGCGCGGCCGGCAGCACCUCGGGUGCGGGCUGCGAUCCGCAGGAGCGCUUCCAGCCCAUCCAGGCAGCCGUCGCGGCCUCCACCCUGUCAGGCAUGUACAUCGGCGAGCGCCGCACCCUGACCAUCUCCGCCAAUGCCGGCAACAGCAGCGGCAGCGGUGCUGCAGGCGCCGGCGACCUGGGCUCGGAGUGGGGCUCUGAGGCGGCCGCGCCCUUCAGCAACCCCGGUCUGACGUGGUGGCAGCCGCUGGAGGACCUGGAGCGCAAGCUGGGUGUGAAGGACGGCGGCCAGGACCGUCAAGUGCGGCCCGGGGACGUGUUCUGGUACCCGGUGGGCGGCCUGGUGGUGGAGCUGGGGGCCACGCGGCUCAGCACCGGGCAGGGCUCCGCGGGCGGCGGCGCGCCGGCGGCGGCGGGCCUGGCGGGGGCCGACAGCUGGGGCCCCGUCAAGGUGACGGCGGUGGCGGGCGAGUGGGUGCAGCUGGAUGCGAACACGGGGCUCUCGGGAGGCGAGGUGGAGGUGGAGGUGGAGCUGGUCGGGCUGCGGAAGGCGGCGGCUUGAGAUUGUGCGGCUGAGGUUGGGGGCCUCAGGCCUUGGGGCGAGGGGGCUGUUUGGAGGGGUUGGGACGCGGGCGUCGUCAAGGCCAGGUGCAGGAUCGGCGCCGCGACGCCGCCUGGUCUGUCAGCUGUAAUGGCGCAUGGAACCAGACAUGGAUUCGGCCGGGUAGUUGCACGCGUAACGCGUUGAUCCAUUCCAGAUUUGUGGCCGCGUUUGAGGAGCGGACUGCACAGACCAAGACACUGGGGGCAGCAGGAUCUGGCAUGUGCGCCUGCCUGCGCCUGUUCAACAGCUGUCGGGGCGACCGUCAUCACAUUGCACUGAUUGAUUACCGUAUAGGCCAGGUUGAAAUCACGCACAUGUACGCACUAGCGUCACACAGCAUCACAUGCACGGUCUUCGUGUGGGCAGGUGCAGCACUGCAGCUGAUGCACCAUGGUGCAGCUGGUGUCAUGGCGCCCAUUUUGUGUGUCCGGCGCGUUAUGUUCAUUGAUAUCGUUGUGGGUGGCCCAGUUCCGGACCUGGCCCGGCCCUCCCGCGUCCGGGCGCACCCUGUCGAGAUAUUCCGUACGCGGCCUGUGCACACAGGUUCAGCAUCGAAGUCGCGGGUUUUGCAAUAA